AUGUCUCUCUCGGCGAAUAUAAGUGUGGAAGCACCGAUAGAAAAUCAAAUUCAGGAGAUUGCGUACGAUGGAACUGAAAUAUAUCAACUGCCACCGACGCUCUCAGAACAUUUGGCCAAAUGUGCAACAAAGAUCGACUUCAGCAAAACUUCCAGCGAUAUCGAUCUGCUGCAGCAGUCUAUCAAAAAGGAGGAUGAAAAGAAGGAAGAGGAAUCGAAAGAUCCGAAGGAACAGUUUCAAUCGAGCCUUUGGCCCUGGGACUCGGUGCGCAACAAGCUAAAGGAAGCCCUCACCGAGGUGUGCGUCCUGUCCGAUGUGUUGAACAUCGCGAAGGAAAAACGCUACAUGGUAUUAGAUCCGAUUCCACAGGAACCACCGGAGGUGAAACAGAUGGUGCUUGUGUACGCCCGUAAGAAAGCGCUUGCCAGUGCGGCAAACAUUCUACAGAGCGGUGUCGAGCGACUGAAAGCCGUCCAAAGCGAUCAGGGUGUGAAUCGUACCAAUUCGACCGAUUUUCACAUCGAGUUGCUCAGAUUGCGGCGCAACUGGAGGUUGAAGAAGGUGUCCAAUACGAUCAUCGGGGAUCUGAGCUACCGGACGGCCGGUUCAAAAUUUAUGCACCCGGGAAUGUUCGAGGUGACAAAGGCGGAAGAUGAAGAAUCCGGCUCACCACCGGCCAGUCCGUCGGGAUCUGGCGCCGCCGGGACGGUGGCCUGUCCGAAGAUUAAUUCUGCGCUGCGUGUAAAUGUCCCUACCGAAUUGCAGGGCGUUGCGUUUAUAAAGGUAAUCACGCAGAAAGAUCAGGAAGAUCUUUGUACCGCCACGGUAAACAUGAUGGGAUCGACACAGCUGGUUCCACAGGCCGGUGCGUGGCAACAGACGCUGGAGUACGCCCAGAACGUGCUGUUCUGCAAGGAGUUGUUCAAUCAGCUCGCACGGGAAGCGGUUCAACUGCAGGCGCCGAUUCCGCACGUCGUCGUAGGUAACCAGAUCCGGGCGACACUGCUGCCGGGCAUUCAGCUCAUCAUUAGCUUAUGCCAUUCGACGUCUUCCGAUUCGAACAACAGCUCGGAACCGAUCAAAGAUCACGAUCACGUGCUUGAGCACAGUUUGCAUCAGCUGUUGCGGGAGUUUCACCACAAGAACACGCACCAUCCAUUCCCGCACCCGGCCAGUGGACCGUUGGGACCGAGCAAGAAGCGUAUGUUGGCCGGUCCGUCCGCGUACGACCGGCAUGAGUUGCUCGAGAUGACUAAAUCGCAAACACUGCUGGAACAAAUCAUAGCCCAAGCCCAGCACAUUUUCACACGCCGUCGGACGCAGUACGUACUGGACACGGUGGCCCGAGACGUGAAGGAUCCAAUGAUCACGUCACACUGGAACGCAAUGAACAGUCCGACCAUGUCGUGCGUAAAGAUUAAUAUCACGUCGCACGGGUACGAUGCCAACCUGCGCACCUCGCUGGUGAUACACGUGAAGGAACGGUCGCUUAAGUGCAUUUGUCGCGAUGGUCGCAUUAUGCACAUGUCGUACGAACCGCAGGAGCUGCGCGAUCUCAUCCUUUGCCAGAUUAGCCAGCACCAGAUCGUUUGUCUGCAGAAUUUGGCGAAAUGUAUGGCUUGGCAGAUUCUUUCGAGCAGUAGCCAUCUUGGCAUCGGUUCGGUGGAACCUCUCGGCAAUGCGAGCUCGUGUGUGCUGGCCUCGCCGAAUAGUGAUCGAUUGAUUGCGGUACAGGUGCGCUGCGAUUCGCAGAUCGAUGUAAAGGUGUACAUUGCACAGAGUCCGGCGAAAGACUUCUUCCCCGGUUCGCUAGUGCAGGGACGUCACUGGGAACAUUUGGGCGGUCACUUCAAGGAGGUCCGGUUUGAUAAGAUGGAGGGUAAAAAUUUCCACAACAAAAUGGAAUUCUUGAUGGCGAGUCUCACCAGCCAGUCGUAA